AUGACUUCAACUUCGCUUCAGUCAUCAUCUCCUCUUUUCACAGUCGAACAAUUGGAAUUAAUUAGGAGGCUAAAGAAUAGUGGAAUCAACAAAGAUGAAAUUGUUUCAGCCUUUGACUCCUUUGAAAAAAUUGACAAAGAGAUUGGACCUAUUUACAACAUCCCAGUUGCCUUGGCUCUACAGGCUCAAGCACUACAACUGAUGGCUUUUAGUUUGACAAAUAGCCCAGCAAUUGCAUCAUCCAGUUCACAACCAAGUCCAGCAGCUAAUUUUUUGAAAUCUUCUCUUCCACAAAUUCAGGUUUCUAAUUUAGUCAUUCCACCGAACGAAAGCAGUAUUUCUCAAGAAAAAAAAAUACAUAGUGAUAACGCAAUGCCAGAUAAAUCUGAUGUAAUUUAUGAUCCAGAUGUUGACACACAAGAGUUUCUGAAUUUCUUAAAUCAAGGUGAAGUGUUAUGUUGCGAAGAGAUCAGGUCUUUUGCAAUCAAGCAUAACAUAAAGCAGCAACAAAUAGCCACGCUCGCUGGGUCUGGCAAACUUUUUGCUGUUAAGGCCGCAUUGAGAACUAUUUUACCUUUGAAGGGCUGCAUAGGUUUUGCAGCUAAUGCAGCACAGCAUUUAUUAAAUGCGAAUUCUAACAACACGGUAAAUAGAAAAUUUAUCCAUCCGUCUUCCAUAGAUUCGCUUGAUCUUUCAUCCUCGGAUACAUCUUUUCCAAGGCGAGAAAGAUUUGUUUUCCGUCCCAGUCAUUUAGAAAUUUUAGAAAAAUACUUUUUAGAAAACAAUUAUCCAACUUACGAAACGAGAGAAGAAAUUGCUCUUGCAUGUAAUACGGUCACCGAGUCUGCAGCGGGUCGAGAAUUAACGGAAAGAGAAAAAGUUACUGCGCAAAUUAUAUCUAACUGGUUUGCUAACAAAAGAAAAGAAUUGAAAAAAUUGGCGAAAGAAGAAGGGUUGCUGGACAUUUCUUUAACUCGUCCCAGAGGCCAUCCAUCUCGUCUUUAUUCCGACUUGGCCCUCAUUCAGCACAACAAGCAUAACGAUAACAACAUUGUAACCAGUAGUGAAACACAGUUGGCAGAUACUCAUGAUUUUAUAACUGAUACGAACAAUGUCAACGAAUGCAACGAUGAUCUUAAAACAAGUUUGGAUGAUAAAAUUGCCAACAGUAGCUGA